UCAGCUGCGUCCUUCUCGGCCCUCUUCUCGCUUGCAGCGCGAACAAAGCAGCGCAGCAGCGCAGCAGCAGCAGCAGCAGCAGCAGUAGCGCCACACAGCAACAGUCGUGUUGUGUCGGUAGACUCGGCCAUUUCGCAGUAUUGGCGGCUUGGUACUCGUGCGGUUUUCGUUGGCUGUCGCCGUUGUUGUUGUUGCUGCUGCCGUUGUUUGUGGUGGCAGCGCGCGCCCGUGUCGGUUGUGCUGCGGUGUCGAUUUUUUCGCCCGUUGAAUGCGUGGGUGCUGUUGGGCGCGACGACCUACGUCCCCCAGCUAGCCCCCAACGAACAUUAAAACUGCAACAAUAACGCGACGCAAAAGGAUGAUACACUCCGGGCGCACGAGGCUCGAGAAUAAAGUAAGUCGAGUGGGUGUGGGUGGCAAAGAGGAGGCCGGCUCGUGCACCGGCGGCCAGCGGUGGCGUCAGCAGCGGCAGCGGCAGCAACGGCAGCAGCGGCAACAGCAGCAACAGCAGCAGCCGUCAGCGGCUCAGCCUCACGGUCUUCAGCACUGCAGCAACGAGCGUCACUGCGACUCGCACUCCCCGCACGUCUCCAAUCCAGUCGCGAGCAUGAAGCAGUCUUACAUGCAGUUGACGUGGGUGUUCCACGACGACGAGGCCCAAAUCAACAAGAAGCUGCCGAAGGAGUUGCUGCUAAGAAUUCUAUCAUACUUGGACGUGGUGUCCCUGUGCCGCUGCGCCCAAGUGAGCAAGGCGUGGAACGUGCUGGCCCUAGACGGAUCCAACUGGCAGCGGAUCGACCUGUUCGACUUCCAGAGGGACGUCGAGGGCCCGGUCAUCGAGAACAUCUCCCGGCGAUGCGGCGGAUUCCUGCGCCGCCUGUCGCUGCGCGGCUGCCAGAGCAUCGGCAACCAGUCGAUGCGCACCCUCGCCCAGUCCUGCCCCAACAUCGAGGAACUGAACAUGAGCCAGUGCAAGAAGAUCUCCGACGCGACCUGCGCGGCGCUGAGCAGCCACUGCCCGAAGCUGCAGCGACUCAACCUGGAUUCCUGUCCCGAGAUCACCGAUCUCGCGCUCAAGGAUCUGGCUGACGGCUGCCCGCUGCUCACCCAUAUCAAUCUGUCGUGGUGCGAGCUGCUCACCGACAAGGGCGUCGAGGCCCUCGCCAGAGGCUGCCCCGAGCUCAAGAGCUUUCACAGCAAGGGCUGCAGGCUGCUCACCGACCGCGCCGUCAAGUGCCUCGCGCGCUUUUGCCCCAAACUGGAGGCGAUUAAUCUGCACGAGUGCAGGAACAUAACCGACGAUUCGGUGAGAGAGGUGGCGGAACGAUGUCCCCGGCUGCACUACGUCUGCAUAUCCAAUUGUCCGAACCUGACGGACGCGACCCUGAUGAACCUGGCGCAAUACUGUCCCCUGCUCAGCGUCCUCGAGUGCGUCGGUUGCGCUCACUUCACCGACAAUGGCUUUCAAGCUCUCGCGAGGAAUUGUCGCUUACUGGAGAAAAUGGACUUGGAGGAGUGCGUACUCAUUACCGAUGCCACGCUCAUUCACUUGGCGAUGGGCUGUCCUCGCUUGGAGAAACUCAGCUUAUCGCAUUGCGAGCUGAUAACCGACGAAGGUAUAAGACAGUUAGCCAUAUCGCCGUGCGCGGCCGAGCACCUGGCCGUAUUGGAGCUAGACAAUUGCCCACUGAUAACGGACGCCAGCCUUGACCAUAUGCUGCAAGCUUGCCACAAUCUCGAGCGGAUCGAGCUCUACGACUGCCAAUUGAUCACUAGAGCCGGCAUCCGCAGACUCCGAACACAUCUGCCAAAUAUAAAAGUUCACGCGUACUUCGCGCCGAUAUCGCCGCCGCCAUCGUCCGGUGCCUCUCGGCAGCGUUACUGCCGCUGCUGCGUUAUCCUGUGAUUCAGCAUCCCCCGCGGCAGCAAUAACGACAACGACGACGACCACGAAGAUGAAGACGAUGACUAUCAUCACGAUGCGGUAUGCUCUCCUCGCACAAGCGUGCUCGUCCCAAUGAAUUACACGAGCGCAGGUUGCAUUUCAAUAGUGACUCGAUAGGGGGUGUACACGCAAAAAGGUAUAUACAUUUUAUCAGACUGACGAAAAAAAAAUGAAUCAACACGUUCUCGACCAUUAUUAACCUCAUGGGGAGAUAACGUUUGUACAUAUGAGACGAAAGAUUUUCUGACUUAAAACUUGAGUUUUUUUCCCUUUGUUCCUUUCCUCGCCUCUUUGACGCUGGGAGGGGAGGGACUGCAUUUUCUUUCGACGCGUGCAUCCGAAUGGCUUUUAAACGACGACUACUCGUGAUAUAAUUAAUGUCUUGUAGGGCAUUUAGGUCUUUAAGCGUGUUAUCGUUUAUACACACUUUGCCUGUAAUCGUUUAUUUCUCUUUGAGGACUGCAAGAAAGACGUAAUGUAGAUACGUUCGAAAGAGCUUCUAAGGUUGCGCGUUACCUAAGUUUGAAUAAAGAGAGAAAGAGAGUAUGACGAAUCCACACGGGGAAGUGUAUAGUUAAGAAGAAAAAGAAUAUGUUUUAUACGCUGUAUGUUGAACGUAAACAAAUGUGUGACAUCAAUGGUAUAUUAUGUACUGUCGUGCGGAACUGGAGAAAUUCUUGUAAGAUAAGUAAUGUUCGAUGCGUCUAUAAUAUUUAUGAAGUUACAAGGAAAACGGAGAAAGCGAGAGAAAGAAGAGCUUGAAAAAUUUCAUUUUUCUCGAAGCUUUCCAUUAUUCGCGAUAAUUCAAAUCUUUUUUUACUGCUGCGAACAAUAAUUGUCGCAAUCUCAUUGGCUGUUAUGCGUUUUAUCAGUGGUUCUUCAAUUCGUUUUUUUAUUAUCAAUAAUUGGUUCCUAUAGACCCACUGAAAAAUAAUUAUAAAAUUGAGUUUUACCGAGCAAUUCUUACGAAUGAUAUUAUUGUUUCUAUAUAUAUAUGUGUUAUGUAUAAUGAGUUAUAUGUGGCGUGAUACGAAUGAUCGAGAAUGCAAGUGUUUGGCUGUGCAAUAGAAUAGACAUAAAUGAUCCAGAUGCUAUAAAGGACAAAUCGGCUAAAGCAUUUUUUUCUGUGCCUGUAAAUCUCCCAGAUAGGAUCAAAUUCUCUCGAGGAGAGAGAAGCAAUACUGCAUUACAAUAAAGUUUUUUUCUAAUGUGUUCGAAGAUUUAUACAUAUUACUCGAGAAAAUGAUUGAAGUUAACAUUAAGUUUUACAAUUGACUAUAUUAUAACUUUUGCGCGCUUGGCUUCUCUUCUGACCCACGACUCGACAAAUGUUCAUUUAAUAACUUAAUGCAUUUUUUACAGAACUGCACGUUAACAUGUAUCUCGUAAGAUUUAUAUCAAUGUGUAUAAACGUUGUAUUAUUUUAAGUUGAAAUUAAUAUUUUUAAAAGCACACCAGUAACUGUAAAGUAGAAACAAAGAUACUCUUGCACGAAAAGGAUUGGGUUGACGUAAUCGAUAUUCGGUAUUUAAUUUCUAAUCAAAUUGUCGAGAGUAAGGCACAGCUGGAAAGAAAAAAAAAAUUUAUUUAAUUAAUCACACUUGUCAGAGGAGAAGUCGAAGAUCCUACUAUUAACAUAGUAAACAGUGUUAUCGAAUGUAUCGUUUCAUUAUUUCUUUAAGUCCCAAUGAUAACACUUAUCUACGAUUAUCUUUUACUUUUUGUGUAUCAUUCAGAUCUUCGUAUUUUAGGUACACAUUUAUACGUUGUAUAGGGCUACUAUUACGCACAUGUAUAAUUAAGUGUUUCGACAUAAUUUGUAUAUUACAUAAUCUCAUGUAUCACUCUAUACGUUUUUGCUUUUGUAUGGAGAGAGCGAAAGCGAAGCUAAAAAAAUACUUUUUAUAUCGAGAACAAAAAUGAAUUGAUGUCUAUUAUACUGCGUACUGUUAUUUUGAUACCUGAUGUUUAAAAAUUAACAUACAACCGAUAUUUCACCAGAUAUAUAGUCUAUUAAUCGGCCUAUAUAUAUAUAUAUAUAUAUAUAUAUAUAUAUA